UUUUUCAAUUCCGCGGCAUUUUCAUUUCUCAUUUGGUAGUUUGGUACCGCCAGAAAUGUCCCUUCAUCUCAGUUAUCCACUCCCGAUGUUCCCCCGCCGGAAUGGAUUCCCGACAACAUCUCAGUCAUCGCCGCUAAAGUCGAUCGUUUCCUGCUCCGCUACCGCCGGAUGUAAAAGGCAGUAUACAAGUGUGAUGAUAGUCCCGACGGGAGUAGGCGCUGCUAUUGGUGGAUACGCAGGUGACGCUUUGCCGGUUGCUCGUGCCCUCGCCUCCGUCGUUGAUUGCCUUAUAACUCACCCUAACGUGCUUAAUGCAGCAAUGCUUUACUGGCCGAUGCAAAAUGUGCUUUAUGUUGAAGGCUAUGCACUAGAUCGGUUUGCAGAAGGCUCAUGGGCUCUACAACCUGUUCACCAGAAUCGGAGUUGAAUGAAUCAGGUAGGAUUGGUUCUUGAUGCUGGAAUGGAGAAAGAGCUUCGAAUUCGUCACUUGCAAGUGGCUGAUGCUGCUAGAGCUUCCCUUGGAUUGCCUGUGAUGGAAUAUGUUGUCACAGAUACACCUCUAG